AUGUACACGAGGAUCGAUUGUUUGGAAGCAAGUGAGAUGCAGACGAGUAAAUCUGCAGGAUUUCUACCAAAAGUAAAUGGUGCAGAUGGCUCAAAUUAUGAAUCGAAUUGCUUGGUGCAGCUACCUCAAAUUGAUUUUAAUUAUCGUGGAAUGAAGAUUACGAUCUUCAAGAAUGGCGACAUUUAUGACUGUGGUACAACUGUGGUCGUAUCGAGACAUCAGUUCAAACACUGGAUCAUUUUUCUGGAUCAUUUGAGUAAGAAACUGAAACUGCUUGCACCUGUACAUAAACUGUUUACAACAGACGGACUGGUCGUUAGACAGUUCGAAGCACUCCAGAAUGGUGGUCAUUACGUGGCCGUCUCUCAAGGACCGUUCAUUGCGAUCGAAUAUGGCAGAGCGAUUGUUGAGGGUGGUAAUCGAGACCGCCGAUGGAACGCCGAUCCACACUGCAUCAAAAAGGAUAUUGGUACUCUCGAUUCAGCCGAAUCAGUCGAUAUUUAUUUGCGCCGUUGUGGAUACAGCUCUAAAACGGGUCUACCAUUCCCCUGGGACGAACCUAAAGUUACCAAUACUCAUCCACAAUCUCAAGUUCCUUCGAGGAUUCCAGUCAGAGGUCAACCUAGAUGUCAAACCAGAGAAGGUUCCGAUUAUUCGUAUGCGUCAGGAUAUGGUUCAUAUGGGCCAGGCUCUGGAUACUGUUAUGGUCAAGUCCGCGCUCGUAAUGAUCCACGAAUUCAGUGUACGUCAAGUAACAUGAUGCUCGGGGUACCUUUGUCGAAAUCUUGCCCCAAAACUCUGGCUUUAGAACGAUACAGUGGUGCUACUGGAGUGAAUUGGAGGGAUCUGGACGUUGACGGGCAACGAAAUGAGCCGAUCGUCGAAGAGCAGACUAGUGAUCAGCUGUUGAUCGAUGAUGAUCAGAAUAGAAAGGAUCAACAAAAUGAUAACAAUAUUAAUGAUAAUGAAACUGUCAGUAAUAUCCCAAAAAAUCCAGAUAAAUUCACUUCUCUGACGAGAAAAUCGCAGCCAAAGAAUAUCCCUCCUGCUCAGCCACGGAUCAGAUACGAUCCGGACUUUGUGGACUUCGACUUCUUUUCUGGGAUCACCUUCUGA